GGUCUCCUAGGCCCAGGCCCCCAGGCGGGGCGGCGGGCACGCACCGAGUCACCAGGCACAACCGUGGGCUCCGAGUCAACUGGGAUGACCGCUGGCACUGGGUCAGACAUUGGAUCGUCUGGCUGGACAGCGGGCAUCGGGUCACCAGGCAUCAGGUCAUUUGGCUCGACAGCGGGCACCGCGUCAUCUGGCAAGGCAGUGGGCUCCGAGUCAACUGGUAUUGGAUCGUCUGGCUGGACAGCGGGCACUGGGUCACCAGGCAUCAGGUCAUUUGGCUCGACAGCGGGCACCGCGUCAUCUGGCAAGGCAGUGGGCUCCGAGUCAACAGGCACGACAGUGAGCACCGGGUCAUCAGGUACCGGAUUGUCUGGCUCGACAGCGGGCAUCGGGUCACCAGGUAUGACAGCGGGCACUGGGUCACCAGGCAUCAGGUCAUUUGGCUCGACAGCGGGCACUGGAUCAGGUACCGGAUCAUCUGGAUCAACAGCGGGCAUCGAGUCAACUGGCCUAAUAGGAUCGUCAGGCUGGAUCAGUUCAUCAUGCUGGGUAGAGGCAUCAGGCUGAA